CACCUGCACCUCCUCCAACCUCUCUACAUCGGUGAGACCAAGCGUAGGCUUGGUGAUUGCUUCACCCAAGGGUCUCGACCCGAAACAUCACCUAUUCCUUCGCUCCAUAGAUGCUGCCUCACCCGCUGAGUUUCUCCAGCAUUUUUGUCUACCUUUGAUUUUUCCAGCAUCUGCAGUUCUUUCUUAAUCAUUUUGUCUACUCCACUGCGAAAUCUCCUCAGUAUGCCUACCUUUAAGAAGUUCUCCUCCUCUCGCCGAAGAACCACCGAAGAAGCCGCCGUCGCGGACCCUCACGUGGCUGAAGCCGCCGACCUUCACCUACCCACCGAUGACACUGAUCCUCUCUGCCUCACCGGGACCUCCAACUAUCACCGCCUCACCGGGACUUCCGACCCUCGCCGCCUCACGGCUACCUCCAACUAUCACCGCCUCACCGGGACUUCCGACCCUCGCCGCCUCACGGCUACCUCCAACUAUCACCGCCUCACUGGGCCCGCCGAACCUCGCCGUCUCACCGGCCAUCCGCGGACCGGGACUUCCGACACUUCGCCCGCUGAGCCGGACUCUACUCCCCGCGGGCCUCCACCAUUGACUCUACCGACCCUCGCCACUCCACCGCCCACCAGCAGGCCGCAGCCGUCGCCUUGCCCGAGUCCCAGGCUUAGCAGACUCUCGCACACGGGGUCUGACUGUGCUGGGUCCCAGUGCUCCCCCCCCCCCCCCAUAACACAGGGUACCUCAGUGGUUGUUCCACUGGGUCUUCCCCCUUCCCCCGUGUGACCCCUGCUCCUUCCCACCCACACUAUAGUCCUCAUACUCCCCUCCUUCCCACCACCCCCCUACCAGACAUCACCUCGGCCUCCAUCCACUCACCUGCCUUCCUCAGGCCCGAACCCCCAUCGUUGCCGUGUGUUCACCAUCCCUGACCAUCUGUCCUGGGCCUCCUUCAUGGCCAGAGUGAGUCCCACCGCAAAUUGGUGGAGCA